AAAGAGAGAACGCAACCCAGAACAGGCAGACAGACACUCGAGAGAGGCAGCUCAUGUAUUAGUUGAGGGACGCUCAAGGCAGGGCAUCCACGGAUUCCAAGAUAAGUGUCUCUCCACGCGCGCCUAUACAAUUCACCUCCUUUAGCUUCUUAGAGAUUAGACCAAACCUUGACCAAAUAAAGUUAGUUAAAAGCGAUCCUGAUUCGGUCACCUUUUCAAGAAGAACACGACCAUUUGGCGACUAUUUACGUGAUUCUGAGGAAGGACCAGGGUUUGGGACUCGUCGCAGACGAGCGACCGGCUGAGGAUCACCAGCCCUCCAGGGGCUCAUAGAACCAGGUGCCGAGGACGUAGAGAGCGGGGAAGGGCUCAGCCCAAAGGGCAAUAAAUCAAGAGAGAACCCCCUUAAAGUCACACCUAAACGACUCCCCCAGCUGGCAGAGAAUAGGAACCAUCACCAGUUCUACCUCAGCGACUCCCUCUGCUGGCCAAGAAGAGGAACUACCACCAUUUCCACCUCAGUGACUCCCUCUGCUGGCCAAGAAGAGGAACUACCAUCAGUUCUACCUCAGCGACUCCCCCUACUGGCCGAGAAGAGGAACUGCCACCAGUUCUACCUCAGCGACACCCCCUACUGGCCGAGAAGAGGAACUGCCACCAGUUCUACCUAAACGACUCCCACUGCUGGACAAGAAGAGAACUACCAUAAGUCCAAACUAAGCCACCCCCUGCAGGUCAAGAAGCGAACUACUCCUGCUUUUCCCCACACCUAGCUCCAGAACACGCGCGCUUCCGGACUGGAUGAUCGUAAUGCCAAUGGUCAUGGCAGCCCGUCCGACAGACGUAGAGGGGAGAGAUAGCUACGCACCGUGGGGCCAUCGGGACAUGGUCGGUCUGGCCGCCCGCUUACCCCGUCUGACGGACGGAGCAGCGGCCUGGAUCAGGGAGUUCGAGAAAGAGUCGCCUGGAGUCGUCCUGGGCUUGGGCGAUGUGCGAGCCAUGCUCGACCGUGCGCAAGCUUUCGAACUGGAAAAAUUGACCCGAACCGCCGAACUACCCGACAGAACCUUCUUCAAUCCAUACCGGAACCUCUUCUGGGAGCGCCUCAGAGAACUCUUCCCGGCCGUCACAGUGGGAAUCCCCGGCGUGAGCAUCAAACCCGAGGAAUCCAUCUCUGCGUACAUCGACAGGGCCCGAGGGCUGUGGGCGGACUGUAACGACUGCCACGCACAAAGCUGGCCAGCGGUCGAGAUAUUCAAGAGACAGCUCCUACAAGGACUGCCAGCCGAGGUCCGGAAGGCCCUGGAGACGGUGGUGGCACUGUCCGACAAACCGUGGGCAGAGUGGAAAGAGCACCUCGUCCAUCACUACCGUCUCGAUCAAGAGCGGCGGGUAGCCAUGGACGAUGAACUCAAAGAACUGAAGAGGCAACUCAUGAGGUUGCAGAUUAAGAAGCUCGAAGAGAAGUCCCUGCUGCGCGAAAAAGCUGAAGACACCCAGGAACCGCCGACACUCUUCCCAACACUCCUGGCCCUGCCACCGGCGUACCAGGGCAUCUCGCCACCUGGGUGGCUGCCCCCGGGAUACCAAGACACCGAUAUUCCCGAGUACAUGAUGGCCGCCCUGCAGCUACAGGACCAGGACCAGGGGGGCCGGGCGGGAGGAGGCCGGCGAGGGCCACGACCAAAGUGAUCAUAGAUAAUAGUCGACAAUACUUAAAAUUAGACUUGAUACGUACGAUAAAAUGUUAUCCAAAUUUCUAUUUCAUGUUAUCCACAGUGAAGGAUUGUGGGGGGGGGGGGGGGCUGCCGAGAUAAGGGAGGUGCUUCCCCACUCAGGGUGGUGGACCACACCAGGGGGUACUGAAAGCAUACUUCAGAUAAAACAAUAAGGUUAGUAAGGAAAUGGUCUACACUAUAAUUGAUUACAAUUACAUUUGUGUAAACCAAUUUACUGACUUGUGAUAGAUGUUCAGAUAUUCACAUUAUGGCUAAUUUGUUUUUCUUUAGGUUUAGUUUUUUGUGCGUCACUGUUUACUUGAAUGACGAGCCUGCAGGGAAUUUUAAAUCUUAACUUGUAUUCUUAUGUCACCUAUUUUUUGUACUUUCGACUUUCAAUGCAUGCUGAAAGUGUUCAACUUUGUAUUAUUCAUAUCUAGAAGUAUUAGUUGGGAUUUAUAUGGAUGCAUUUAUCUGCCUAUACAAUUCCCCUCGUUUUGCUACACAGAGACCAAACCUUUACCAAAUAAAGUGAGUGGAAAGCAA